AUGGCGCGUCAUUCCCAUUUCCAGCAACAGCGUGAACCUUUCAAGUCUCAUCCCAGCUUCAAAUUGAGAGAGGACCAUGUAACAGGUCCAUUCUCCUUUCUCAACCCAACAACGGCACGUUACUCGCCAACCAGCCACCCAUAUUCAGCAUCCCUAGAUUCAGAAGGCACUCGUUCCCAACCAAACGUCGAGCGUCUAUGGCGCUCGCGUGACAACAGAAAAGGUCGCCAUGCCCUCCGUAUCAACGACCAGGUCUCACCACAAGAACGGACUUUCACAACUCCACAACUAACCCGCUCCGUUCCGGCGAUAUGCAAAGGAAUUCUUCGCAUGUUCAGCUACGCGCCUUACUGGGACGUAUCAUAUUUGGUAGCCACUACUUUCACACUGGGAUCGGUGAUUUGGAUCAUCAAUGCAUUCUUCGUGUGGCUACCGCUUGUGAGCCCGAAAACCGAGUUCUCGGGAGAGUCCUUGGUUGGAGGUGGCGUGACGGCAUUUAUCGGUGCCACCAUUUUCGAGAUCGGGAGUGUGCUGCUUCUUCUCGAGGCUGUGAAUGCGAAUCAAACGGAUUGUUUUGGCUGGGCGCUUGAGACUGUUCUCUCGAAAACGGGGGAUGAUGGCGGUCAUGAACGUGCGCGGACGGAGAUCCGCCCCAGUACGCAGGAGUGUCGACAUCAUCAUGCGAAUCGGAGAUCGUUCUUGCGGGGAAAGCAUUUGCGGGCUGGUGACGAGGAUGCUACUUCAGAUGAUCUUGGUUAUGUUACCUCUUCCUCGGAUGGGAGGACUUUUCGGUGGAUUCCUUCUGCUGAGGAGUUACGCACGCAUUAUUUCCACGAGUUGGGCUUUCUAGCUUCGCUGGUUCAGUUUCUCAGCGCGACUAUUUUCUGGAUUGCUGGGCUUACGGGUCUUCCUGGUAUUUAUGGUAACAUGAGUCAGGGCGUUAUGGACGGAGUCUACUGGGUUCCGCAGAUGGUUGGUGGAGCGGGGUUCAUUUUGAGUGGACUUUUGUUUACCCUUGAGACUCAACCCAAGUGGUACAUUCCUGCCUGGCAUGUCCUGGGCUGGCAUAUUGGCGUCUGGAACUUUAUUGGUGGAAUUGGUUUCACCCUUUGUGGUGCUUUGGGUCCGGCGAGCUCUCAUUCCGGUGUUGAGUAUCAAGCCACGCUUGCUACCUUCUGGGGUUCUUGGGCUUUCAUGAUCGGCUCUACUGUGCAGUGGUAUGAAAGUUUGCAGAAACAUCCGGUUGAGAAAAGGAAGUGA